AGUCAGGUUAAAUCCGGAAAAUUCAAUAAAACAUGUCUACUUUGAACUCCAUGAUUCCUAAUCUAAUAUCCGGACUUAACCUGUCAACGAAUUCCGCUUAUCUUCGAAUUUGAAAGUAACCAUCAUUAGGGCCUUGGGCCUCAUAAGGAGUUAGUUAUAUAUUUCACUGCUGGCCAUUUCAUUACGUUACCUUAUUACAUGUACCCUGAUAGUAACUAUCGAGUUAGCCUUGGUAAGUAAUUGUCCUGAUACGUAUACUUAAAAUAUGAAGUUACGUACAGUUAUACAAUAUGGUUAUUAUAUGGACUGUAAGGUGUUCUUUCAUAACCGGGGGUUUUGAAGCCCAGCGAUUAUUUUAUAUUAAUUGUCUCGUACUUUCCCGGAGGAUUUACGUUUAUGAAUUCUUUAAAUAUUGAAAAAUGUACAUUACAGUUAUUUUGAAGUGUGCUUAGUGCAAAUCCGAACCAACGUUUCGUGAAUUGAUAUCUGUACUCUUCUUCAGGUGAAAGAAAAAUGUCAGAAUCCUAUUCUGAUUUCAAAUUUUAGCUUGUCAAUGAAGAGUUUUAACCCGUUUGUAUUUAGACAAUGUAUAUUAUGUAAUCUUAAUAUGAAAAACAAUAGUUACAAUAAUAUACUUAUAUUAACAUAAUGUAUUUACAUUUCACGGAUAUAAGCAAAAACAGUGGCCUAAAGAAUGAGUGUAGUAAAACCACUAACGUUAUAGGCAGAACGUCGAAGAUCACUCCACUUCGUAUAUUAAUGACAAUUAAGAUGGAUAGGACAGUUUGAUUUCGCGUUAAUUUCGAAUGAAUCGAUUGAUCCUAAAAUAAUCCUCUCAUCAUGGCAGGAAGAUAAGUUCUGAUAAGAGCACCGAGAAACAUUUCUUGCUAUUGAAUCAUUCCUUGGAGACUUUACACUCGGCUAUAAAUCACGAUAUGUAUAUAACACGUUAUCUUCGUGCGUGAUUCCACUACAGUUCACCCGUGAUGCGCGUGAUGUACAGUGAGUGGCGAUACUUGGAGUGCUCGCCUUUCACAAACAAAGACCGCUGUUGUGUGCCGUUCAAACGUGAUAAGUCGACCUACAUCUUCACAGACGGUUGCACAUUCAAAGAUUGUGCAGGGCCUACUUCUACGACUAGUGCGGUCGAAGCACUCGCUCUUUGCCGCCCAAGACAGUCUGGGCAAAUCGUCGUUAAUGCGUCAUCGACCUCAAUUGAGGUUACGCAAGGAUGGUGCUGAUCCUGCCUGAGCACUCGCAGAGGCCGUACCGCUACGGCAUGACGCUGCUCUGCAUCGGCGCCAUGUUCAACUGGCUAGGCCUAGCCGACAACAACGCAGAGCCCGUUAGAUACAUAGGCGUGACGCUCAUCGCCGCGGGAGCCAUGCUCAUCUGCUUGGCAAUGUGCUUCUGGAUGAAAGCGACCCAUGAUCCACAGGUGGCAGCGCUUCAGGUAGGAUACAGUCAUGUCGAUGAUAAGCACUACUUAGAAUUUAAAAUUCCUGGAGCAUCAUUAAAAUUCCAAAAUCAUCUCUUGUUCAGCUAUGGUCAUGGCGGCAUUUGAUGGUUCUAUUGUUAUAAGAGAGCAAUCAUCUCCAGUUCAAACGCUGAAGAAAUACAUGCUCAUAGAAAUAUACACUUAAUACUUGAUUUAUCAAUAUCAGUAAUGAUUUGUUAGAAAUCUGUGCAUAGUUACCAGUCAUUUGGACAUUACAGUAUAAUCACAGUAAGAAUAAACUAGUUUUAAAAUCAUUACAAAGGAACUUUUUCGAGAUCUAGAAAGUCUACAAACGAAGUAUUUUUCGUUUAGUUUAGAAGUAUUUCUUGCAAAUAGACCUACACAAAUAACUCAAUACCAUAAUUGGUAGGGUUAUGAGUAUUGUUAGGAAUGAUAUGAUGUCACCAGGGAUCGCCGAGAGCGCGUUCCACUUUUAAAUCUUAUCCUGCCCGUCCUCAUGGGUCACUAACCGCCUGUACGAGGAUCUUAUCAAACAGAAUAAGGAAGACAGUCGAUGAGGUACAAGGUCGAUGGUACUGAUGAAAAGUGCUAAGGUCACAGACUGUAUUUGAACCUGCGCUAUCUCUGACUCACAUGCAACGUCUGGCCCGCUCGGCUAUCGGCACUCUCAAAGAGAGUUUCAUUGUGUUAAUUUCAUUUAUGCUAAUUAAAUGCAAUGUGUUGCUUAAGGAAAAUUUACUUACUCAACAUCGAAGUUCAGGAAUAAAAUCUAAUAAACCCUGUUAGUCGUAAAACUUAGUCAGGGUUCUUGGCCGGAGAGAAAGGCGUGAAGGGCGGUCUCUAAAUGACGUAUUAAAUACCGACAAAUGCCAUUAACAUCUUUCUAGCUAUUAGUGCUUCGGCCUUGUGUUAAGAUGUCAAUGGUUUCACCGUACUCUAAAGGUGUAUUGUUCAACCCAUCAAUAAACGAAAGCAUAAAUUUCACAAUUAUUAAAAUUUUGAAAGACUUACGUAAGAUUUUAUAAAGAUUGCAGAGUACAUCUAGGUCACGCCUUCUUGGAAUUGUAAAUAAAAGAGGAUGCGUGUGGGUUUCUUAUUUUUCUUAUUUCUUAGUUUUUAGGAAUAGCUUUUCUUUUAUUUCAUGUAGUCCAUGGCAUAAAAUGAACCACUAAGUUAACCAACUAGAAUUUUAAUUAAUGAAGUAUAUGUUAAACAAGCAUAACAGUCAGACAAUAACAAUAGUCAUUUAAGGAUUACUUGUGAUCAGUGUUGAACGGUAAACUAAAAUACACCAUUAUUUUUGUUAUCUGUGAAUUUUUAUCUGUAAAUUUCGUGAACCUUCCUUUUUUUAAAAUAUAUGAUUAAAACUGUAGGGUGUAAAAUGUGUAAAUGAUUGAACGGUUAAUGAAAACCCUCUUUAUCAGUGACGUGACUAGAGCUUGUUUUUGGGGGAGGAUGGGUCUGAGAAGCACACAUCAUCGGGGGUUAUCAAAUAAAUCUAAAUUUGAAUAAAUUUAAUAGCCCUGAUUUAAUGUGAAAAAAUACCUGCUGUAUUUCAAACAAGUAGCUGUUAUACAAGUAUGUUUUAAUCAUUUAGGAACUUUGGACGGGGCUUUUCCUCUUCAACUCCUCCCCCCCCCUUGUUACGGAACUGCUUUUUACAUUUUCUUUCGUUGUAUAACAACAACGCUAAAGAAACUACAACUGAACUGGUUGAGUAUACUUAGCCUAUAUCUUUGAAAUGUGAUAUUUUUAACAAAACUAUGCGAUUAAAAAGGCUUUAUAUUUGUUCCAAGGUUUAAAAUUAUUUUUUCCUAUUUGAGUAAAACAUUCAAAAUGGCUGUCACUAACCGGGUAUUAAUAAAGCCGGCACCCAAUAAUGAUAGCCAAGACUGUUUCGUAUCAGAGUUUACACGUGUUCAACUAUCCAUAUCUCUUCAAGCUAACAUUGCCAAGAGUCGACGAUGAUGCAGCUUGUUUGCAUUGAACCGCGUAACUUGUUUGUGAACUUGGCGGGAAAUGUUUUAUGCUGUAGAAUUCGCGGAAUCCAGCGCCUACAAGAUACUCUUGUCCUGUGCAGAAAUGUCUAAGGCAGACUGCUCCUUGCGGGCCGGCCAGGGAGUGAGGUGUACCAGUCUGUUGACCUUGCUUUUGACCUUGAAUGCUCCCGUUGAUUUAAAUAUCGGUCUGCCAUCUACCACCUCUGCGAAAUGAGUGGGCCUAGACCUUUUGCCCAGCUGUUGCUUUGUCCGUUAGCGCCCGACCACAACUUUCGUCCGAAGACUUCUUGAGUCCAACUUUCCAAAAAGAUCGGCCAUAGUUGCAGCAAUCUGAAGUUAUAAAGGAAACAGGAUUUUUCCGGCCGUUCAAUGAAACAAAAAAAAUUAAGAAUACCACGUUUCGAGAUCUGAAACCUGAUCUCUUCUUUAG